CCCCUCAAGGUCAUACUCGGCAGAGCGUUUUUUGCCGUUUCCCACUGCAGGACACACCAUCCCCGUGGAAUAUGGUUUGGGAAGCUUGCUUUGCGUUUAGUUUACAUGAAAAACAUUCAUUCUGCUUCCAUCGAUCCUUUUUGUGCAAAAAACAGAUGACCAUUAGCGUUUAAUUAUUCUUAUGCAUGUCCCUUCAUGCGAGUUCCAGAGCUUUCGAGGGUUGGGGGUUUGGUUUUGAGUCACAGUUUUUCGCUUUUUAGGUCCAACCCCAGAAACUUUUCUCAUCACCAAUUCAGUCUAACCCCACCACGAUCUGUCACUACCAUCUUGAUUAAAGGCUUCAGAACGAUGUCUCGUCUCGAAGGUGGUCCGGAAUGGACUGCUCCUUAUGUUCGAGAGACCUUUUUGGAUUAUUUCCAAAAGAAAGGUCAUACAUUCGUGCCUUCUUCGUCCGUUGUUCCACUAUCGGAUCCAACCCUGCUCUUCACAAAUGCAGGAAUGAACCAAUAUAAGUCCAUAUUUCUUGGAACUGUUGACCCUCAGUCCGACUUUGCCCAACUGAAACGCGCCGUGAACUCUCAGAAGUGCAUACGCGCUGGCGGUAAGCAUAAUGACCUGGACGAUGUGGGAAAGGACAGCUAUCACCAUACUUUCUUUGAAAUGCUCGGUAACUGGAGCUUUGGUGAUUACUUCAAGGAAGAGGCUAUCAAGUAUUCCUGGGAACUUUUAACGACCGUCUAUGGCUUGGAACCAGAGCGCUUGUAUGUGACCUACUUUGAAGGAGAUGUGGCCGGCGGCCUUGAACCAGACCUUGAGGCCAAAGAUUUAUGGCGCGCAGUCGGGGUCCCAGAAGAUCAUAUCCUCCCCGGAAACAUGAAAGACAACUUCUGGGAGAUGGGUGAUCAGGGCCCUUGUGGACCAUGCAGCGAGGUUCACUAUGAUCGCAUCGGUGGCCGGAAUGCCUCCUAUCUUGUGAACCAAGAUGACCCGAACGUCAUUGAGAUCUGGAAUAACGUUUUCAUUCAAUACAAUCGCGAGCCGGAUAGGUCGCUGCGACCUUUGCCCAAUAAGCACGUGGACACUGGCAUGGGAUUCGAAAGACUUGUCUCGAUCCUCCAAAAUAAAUCGUCUAAUUACGACACUGAUGUGUUCACACCCCUUUUCCAGAAAAUCCAAGAAAUCACUGGAGCCUGCGAGUAUCGCGGAAGGUUCGGUGCCGAUGACUCCGAUGGCAUUGAUACUGCUUAUCGAGUGAUUGCGGAUCAUGUUCGCACUCUGACAUUCGCGAUCUCCGACGCUCGCUUUGCUCGGAAGUAUUUCGAGGUUGAGAUUGGAAGCUUCUUCUCCAAGCUCGUGCCCGCUCUCGUUGAUCAGAUGGGAGACAUGUUCCCUGAAAUAAAGAAGAAGCAACAGGAUGUCAUUGAGAUUCUCAAUGAAGAGGAAAUUUCUUUCGCAAAAACCCUAGACCGGGGAGAAAGACAGUUUGAACACUACGCACAGCAGGCUAAACUCAAAAGUCUUAACAAAUUGCACGGUGCUGAUGUGUGGAGGCUCUAUGACACCUUCGGCUUUCCGGUGGAUCUGACCCGUAUCAUGGCAGAAGAACGGCAGCUGUCUAUUGACGAUGCGGAGUUCGAAGAGGCACGUCUGAAAGCAAAGGAGGCCAGUAAAGGGCAAAAGAAAGCCGCAGUGGAUACCGUCAAGCUUGAUGUUCAUGACCUGGGCAAACUUGAGAAGAUGAAUGAUGUUCGCAAGACCGACGAUGCGGCUAAAUUCGAAAAGGGAAACAUCACCGCUCAAAUUAAAGCGAUCUAUCACGGGAAAUUGUUUCAUACAUCGACCGCAGACAUCCCAGAGGGUGAACAAUUGGGCAUUAUUCUUGAUCGGACCAACUUCUACGCUGAACAAGGCGGGCAGGAAAAUGAUACGGGCAGGAUCAUUAUUGAUGGUCAAGCAGAACUUGAAGUCGGUGAUGUCCAGCUCUAUGCUGGCUACGUACUUCACACAGGGUUCAUGAAAUAUGGGUCGUUCAGCCUGGAUGAUACCGUCAUUUGUGAGUAUGACGAACUUCGUCGCUGGCCUAUCAGGAACAAUCAUACAGGGACGCACAUUCUUAACUUUGCUUUACGCGAAGUCCUUGGUGACGGGGUUGAGCAGAAAGGCUCCCUGGUGGCUCCCGAAAAACUAAGAUUCGAUUUCUCCAGCAAAGCGGGUCUAUCAGAACAAGAACUUGCAGAAGUUGAAGCAAAGUCUGUUGAGUACAUACGCCAAAAUUGCGCCGUAUACUCCAGAGAAGUUCCUUUGGCAACCGCCCGGGAAAUAAUGGGAGUUCGUGCUGUUUUCGGCGAAACUUAUCCGGAUCCUGUACGGGUCGUGUCUGUUGGAGUAGAGCUCGAUGAGAUUAUGAAAGACGUCCAUAAUCCCCGCUGGAAGGAGGUCAGUCUUGAGUUUUGCGGUGGGACGCAUGUUCAGAAGACUGGCGACAUCAAGGAGCUGGUGAUUCUGGAAGAAAGUGGUAUUGCGAAGGGUAUCCGCAGAAUCAUUGCCGUUACAGGAGAAGAAGCCAUUGAGGUGCAGCGGGUGGCAAAGGAAUUUGGAGAACGCCUAAACCGCCUAGAUGCACUCAAACUAGGCCCUGAAAAAGAGCAAGAGGCUAAGCAGAUCCAGACUGAGCUCAACCAGCUCACCAUAUCUGCCAUCGAGAAAGCUAAACUUCGUCAGCACUUCACAAAGAUCAACAAAGAGGUCAUCGAUGGGCAAAAGGCCCAGCAAAAACUCGAGUCUAAGAAGGCUCUCGAUACGAUAGUCUCAUAUUUUAGCAAUUCCGAGAAUGAGGGCAAAUCGUCGCUCGUCGUACAAUUGCCUAUUUCUGCUAACUCCAAGGCUGUCAGCGAAGCUCUCAACCACGUCAAGUCAAAAAUGCAGGACAAGUCGGUCUACAUUUUUGCAGCAGACCCCGCACAGGGCAGAGUUGCCCAUGGUUGCCAUGUCUCGCAGACCUUAGUCGAACAAGGGGCCUCGGCAAGUGAGUGGGCCGGUGUCGUCUCUAGUAUGAUCGGAGGUAAAGCUGGAGGCAAAGGCUCAACAUCUAUCGGGAAUGGUAUCAACCCCGAUAAAGUCGACGAUGCGAUUGCACAGGCUACCGAUUAUCUCAAUCGAUUCAAGUUGUAAUCUAGCAGCAGCUGUUGGUGUUAUAUAUGAUCGAUUAUGGCAUAUCGGCCUCGUCAUGCAAUUGUUUCUAUUCAAACUACAAAUUGUCCCUGUCCUACUUUUUUCAAGUCUUGAAAAGAUGGCAACUAUCGAUUUUGCAGGUCAGAUAGUUUCGACGUUUGA